AUGGGCACCAAGAACAACGUGACAGAGUUUGUGUUAUUCGGCCUUUUCCAGAGCAGAGAAAUGCAGCAUGCUUGCUUUGUAAUCUUCUCCCUCUUUCAUGUGUGCACCGUCCUGGGAAACCUUCUGGUCAUCGUCACCAUCAAUGCCAGCAAGACACUGAAGGCUCCCAUGUAUUUCUUCCUUAGCCAUCUGUCUUUUGCUGACAUGUGCUACCCAUCUGCUACCACACCCAAGAUGAUAGCAGACACCUUUGUGGAGCGCAAAACCAUCUCCUUCAAUGGCUGCAUGACUCAGCUCUUUUCUGCCCACUUCUUUGGCGGCACUGAGAUCUUCCUCCUUACAGCCAUGGCCUAUGACCGCUACGUGGCCAUCUGUAGGCCUCUGCACUAUACAACCAUCAUGGAUCGCAGGAAGUGUAGUCUCCUGGCAGGAGCCUCUUGGCUCGCUGGCUUCUUGCAUUCUAUCUUGCAGACCCUCCUCACUGUCCAGCUGCCAUUUUGUGGACCCAAUGAGAUUGACAACUUUUUCUGUGACGUCCACCCCCUGCUGAAGCUUGCCUGUGCAGACACCUACGUGGUGGGGCUCAUUGUGGUGGCCAACAGUGGCAUGAUCUCUUUAGUUUCCUUCUUCCUUCUCAUCAUCUCCUACGUGGUCAUCUUACUACACCUGAGAAGCCGGUCAUCUGAGGGCCGGCGCAAGGCUCUGUCCACAUGCGGCUCACAUAUUAUCACUGUCCUCUUGGUCCUUGUGCCCCCUAUGUUCAUGUACAUUCGUCCUUCCACCACCUUGGCGGCCGACAAACUCGUCAUCCUCUUCAACAUUGUGAUGCCACCCUUGUUGAAUCCGCUGAUCUACACGUUGAGAAACAACGAGGUGAAGAAUGCCAUGAGGAAAGUGUUUAGGAUCCAGGGGAACCCAGAGAAGCAGUGA